AUGGUAUCCGGAGCCGCUGUUAGCUUCACCAACUUGAACACAGCCAUCUCUGUGAGCAGCAGCCAUGUUGCCGGAAGUCACGUGUUCACUAUCACCACAAACAAUGACAUCAACAACAAAGUGACGAUGACGUCAUUAUCCACGUAUUUCAAGUUGGAUCCGGCGAACGAUAAACGUCUGAUAACCAAAGUAUGCCUGGGCACGUCUGCCGUUGGAGUUACGGAACAGCUGACCUUUCAAGCAUUGUACGGAUCUUCGUCGGCAACAGCUACGUUGACUGUCACUAUUGUUCAAGGCACGCCAAUCAUCAAGAACCUCCCCGCUACCAUAUAUUAUGCAGUGGCCAUAGGGGCCAAGUUUAUAAUGGACGUUUACAGCCUGGACGUCCUGAACGGCUGUUCGAAUGCGUCCUGCUCCGUGGUAUCAACAACGUUAAAGGAUAACGUCAACCUCACGUUAAGUCUGGGCACCACUUUGACGGCUGACACCAAGAUCCUCAACAAGCCAGAUUCUUUUACCGUGACCAUGCAGUGUGGAUCUACCGUAGGAGUACUGACUAUCAACAUCGUGGCAGUCCUUCUCAAUACAACAACACCAACAACUACUACUUCAACGCAAACUCUAACUAAUUCUACAGCUCCAGGAUCCACAACGACAACUCAAGAACCCACUACGACAACUCCAGACCCCACUACGACAACUCCAGAACCCACAACGACAACUCAAGAACCCAUAGCGACAACUCCAGAACCCACAACGACAACUCAAGAACCCACAACGACAACUCCAGAACCCACAACGACAACUCCAGGAUCCACAACGACAACUCCAGGACCCACUACGACAACUCCAGGAACCACUACUACAAGUCCAGAACCCACAACGACAAGUCAAGAACCCACAACGACAACUCCAGAACCCACUACGACAACUCCAGGAUCCACAACGACAACUCCAGAACCCACUACGACAACUCCAGGAUCCACAACGACAACUCCAGAACCCACUACGACAACUACAGAACCUACAACGACAACUCCAGAACCCACAACGACAACUACAGAACCCACAACGACAACGCAAGAACCCACAACGACAACGCAAGAACUCACAACGACAACUCCAGAUACCACAACGACAACUCCAGAACCAACAACGACAACUCAAGAACCCACAACGACAACUCAAGAACCCAUAACGACAACUCCAGAACCCACAACGACAACUCCAGAACCCACAACGACAACUCCAGAACCCACAACGACAACUCCAGGAUCCACAACGACAACUCCAGGACCCACUACGACAACUCCAGGAACCACUACUACAAGUCCAGAACCCACAACGACAACUCAAGAACCCACAACGACAACUCCAGAACCCACUACGACAACUCCAGGAUCAACAACGACAACUCCAGAACCCACUACGACAACUCCAGGAUCCACAACGACAACUCCAGAACCCACUACGACAACUCCAGAACCUACAACGACAACUCCAGAACCCACAACGACAAUGCAAGAACCCACAACGACAACGCAAGAACCCACAACGACAACGCAAGAACCCACAACGACAACUCCAGAACCCACAACGACAACUCCAGAACCAACAACGACAACUCCAGAACCCACAACGACAACUCCAGAACCCACAACAACAACUCAAGAACCCACAAUGACAACUCCAGAACCCACAACGACAACUCCAGAACCCACUACGACAACUCCAGAACCCACAACGACAACUCAAGAAACCACGACGACAAAUCCAGAAAACAAAACAACAACUCAAGAACCCACAACGACAAAUCUAGAACCCACAACGACAACUCCAGGACCUACUACGACAACUCCAGAACCAACUACGACAACUCCAGAACCCACAGCGACAACUCCAGAACCCACAACGACAACUCCAGAACCCACUACGACAACUCCAGAACCCACAACGACAACUCCAGAACCCACAACAACAACUCCAGGACCCACUACGACAACUCCAGAACCCACUAUGACAACUCAAGAACCUACAACGACAACUAAAGAACCCACAACGACAACUCCAGAACCCACAACGACAACUCCAGAACCCACAACGACAACUCCAGGACCCAUAACAACAACUUCAGAACGCACAACGACAACUCAAGAACCCACAACGACAACUCCAGAAACCACAACGACAACUCCAGAACCCACUACGACAACUCCAGAACUCACAACGACAACUCCAGAACCCACAACGAAAACUCCAGAACCCACAACGACAAAUCCAGAACCCACGAUGACAACUCCAGAACCCAUUACGACAACUCCAGAUCCCACAACGACAACUCCAGAACCCACAACAACAACUCCAGAACCCACAACGACAACUCCAGGACCCACAACGGCAACUCGAGAACACACAACGACAACUCCAGAACCCAAAACGACAACUCCAGAACCCACGACAACAACUCCAGAACCCACAACGACAACUCCAGAACCCACAACGACAACUCCAGAACCCAUAACGACAACUCAAGAACCCACAACGACAACUCCAGGACCUACUUCGACAACUCCAGGACUCACUACGACAACUCCAGAACCAACAACGACGACUACAGAACCCACAACGGCAACUCCAGAACCCACAACGACAACUCAAGAACCCACAACGACAACUCAAGGACCCAUUACGACAACUCCAGUACCCACAACGACGACUCCAGAACCCACUACGACAACUUCAGGACCCACUACGACAACUCCAGGAUCCACUACGACACUUCAAGAACCAAUAACGACAACUCCAAAGCCCACAACGACAACUCCAGAACCCACAACGACAACUCCAGAACCCACAACGACAACUCCUGGACCCACUACGUCAACUCAAGAACCUCCAACGACAACUACAGAACCCACAGCGACAACUCCAGAACCGACAACGACAACUUCAGAACCCACAACGACAACUCAAGGACCGUUUACGACGACGCCAGUACCCACAACGACGACUCCAGAACCCACUACGACAACUUCAGGACCCACUACGACAACUUCAGGAUCCACUACGACAACUCAAGAACCAAUAACGACAACUCCAAAGCCCACAACGACAACUCCAGAACCCACAACGACAACUCCAGGACCCACAACGACAACUCCAGAACCAACUACGACAACUCCAGGACCCAUUACGACAUCACCAGAACACACUACGACGCCUCAGGAACCCACAACGACAACUCCAGAACCCACAACGACAACUCCAGGACCCACUACGACAACUCCAGAACCCACUACGACAAAUCCAGGACCCACUACGGCAACUCCAGGAUCCACUACGACAACUCCAGAACCCACAACAACUCUAGAACCAACUACGACAACUCCACAACCCACAACGACAACUACAGGACCCACUACGACAACUCCAGGACCCACUACGACAACUUCAAAACCCACAACGACAACUCCAGAACCCACAACGACAACUCCAGAACCCACUACGACAACUCCAGAACCCACUACGACAACUCCAGAACCCACUACGACAACUCCAGAACCUACAACGACAACUCCAGAACCCACAACGACAACUCCAGAACCCACAACGACAACUCCAGGACCCAUAACAACAACUCCAGAACCCACAACUACAACUAAAGAACCCACAACGACAACUCCAGAAACCACAACGACAACUCCAGAACCCACUACGACAACUCCAGAACUCACAACGAUAACUCCAGAACCCACAACGACAACUCCAAAACCCACAACGACAACUCCAGAACCCACAACGACAACUCCAGAACCCACUACGACAACUCCAGAUCCCACAACGACAACUCCAGAACCCACAACGACAUGUCCAGAACCCACAACGACAACUCCAGGACCCACAACGACAACUCUAGAACACACAACGACAACUCCAGAACCCAAAACGACAACUCCAGAACCCACGACAACAACUCCAGAACCCACAACGACAACUCAAGAACGCACAGCGACAACUCCAGAACCCAUAACGACAACACAAGAACCCACAACGACAACUCCAGGACCUACUAUGACAACUCCAGGACCCACUACGACAACUCCAGAACCAACAACGACGACUACAGAACCCACAACGACAACUCCAGAACCCACAACGACAACUCAAGAACCCACAACGACAACUCCACAACCCACAACGGCAACUCCUGGACCCACUACGUCAACUCAAGAACCUACAACGACAACUCCAGAACCCACUACGACAACUCCAGAACCGACAACGACAUCUCCAGAACCCACAACGACAACUCAAGGACCCAUUACGACAACUCCAGUACCCACAACGACGACUCCAGAACCCACUACGACAACUUCAGGACCCACUACGACAACUCCAGGAUCCACUACGACACUUCAAGAACCAAUAACGACAACUCCAAAGCCCACAACGACAACUCCAGAACCCACAACGACAACUCCAGGACCCACUACGACAACUCCAGAACCAACUACGACAACUCCAGGACCCAUUACGACAUCAACAGAACACACUACGACGCCUCAAGAACCUACUAAGACACCUCCAGAACCCACUACGACAACUCCAGGACCCACAACGACAACUCCAGGACCCACUACGACAAGUCCACAACCCGCAACGACAUCUCAAGGACCGACUACGACAACUACAGAACGCACUACGACAACUCCAGUACCCACUACUUCAACUCCAGAACCCACAAUACCAACUCCAGAACCCACUACGACAACUCAAGAACCCACUGCGACAACUUCAAAACCUACAACGACUACUCCAGGACCCACUAUGACAAAUCUAGGACCCACUACGACAACUCCAGAAUCCACAACGACAAUUCCAGAACCCACAACGACCACUCCAGGACCCACUACGACAACUCCAGAACCCACAACGACAACGCCCACGUCAAACACUAUAGAACCCACUACGACCAAUCCUCAACAAACUACGACCACUCAAAUGCCCUUUACAACUACUUUAACGUCAACUGCGACCAAUUCAAUGUUCACUACGACAAAUACAGAACCUAGUACGUCCGUGAAGAACUUGGAUGGAAAUGGAUAUAAAUCCGAUCUGAAGUCCGGCGACGAUGCAGUUGUUCCCAGUCCCAUUGAUUCACACGAGACCGAGCCGAGCUUGUUUCAGAAGCCCGCUAUGAUUGCCGCCCUGGUAGCCGCCCCCCUGUGCCUGGCCGCAAUGGGUACUGCCGCCUUCAUGGCAGUUAGGUUCAGUUCAAGAAUCUGCGUGAAGCAACUCGCUGGCGCAAGACGAAAUAGUGACGAUGAGGAGGCCAACAGUGCGCGGCAGUCGGAGCGUCCGCAGUCGACCGGAAGUAGCCGCAGUCUGUUGACGCAGGGACGAGGUUCUCAGUGGACACCGGAUUCAAACGAAUCCGCUUGGAACGAACGUCCCGACGACCACACACUGACGCCAGUUGAAUUGACAGGUAUACACGUGAUGUAACUACGCUGAAGGCGGUACACGAGAUCGAAGGGGCGUCACUAUUUACAGUUUAUUAUUUUGAAACCCAUAACUUAUUGUGUUGAGAAUCAGACCAUACACUUCGUCAUGCGCCACAGAUAUCACAACUAGCUUCAAGUCUGAACGUCUGAUCGUAGAAGUGUCAGCAAUUUAAACGGAUGGUUAAUACAAAGCAAACCAUUUUGAAUUCGUCUUCUAUGAACUGUGGUCCACCGUUCUAGCUCCAACAUCUGUUUUCUGAAAGGAACGAUUGUUGUCGUGUUACGAAAUCAUGUAAACUUUAUGCGUAUCACUGUGUUGCAUGUAGGGAGCAUACUGUUUGUUUGCUCUGUUACCGAACCCGUUUUGUUUAUAAGUUUAGUUUUGUUGUUUACUGGUUAUUGAAUAUUUGACGAUUCUAGAAUUACGUGCCUGUAUCGUUAGAGGAGUAAUUCGAGAUGAUCAAUGUAUGUAGUUUUAUUACAUAUAGUACAUGAACGAUGAAUCAAUCAUAUGAAUACAGUGGAAUUUAAAACAACUGGAAAUCUAAAUAUCCCUUUUAGCACUUACACGUUCUGUUCCUGAUGUUGUUGGUUACCCUUAAUAAACCAUAAAGAAGAAAUAAAUACACGCUUGGUUGUUUCACACAAAGGCACGGAAGUGAAAUUCUAAAUAUGCUUAAUUUCGUUUGUCAACUAUAUGCAACCGUUCUUUUUUCUGCCUUGCUGUCUAACCCAAGUUUAACUUUAUUUUACCUUGUACAACAGCCAAUAAAUGGUUUUAAAAUGUCCCGCCAGCAGACUAGAACGAUAAUAACUGUACUAAUUCAUUGGACACAUUGGAAAUGAUAGGGAUGCGGCAUUGUAGCGUUGCGUUUUGCAACGAUUGUAUCCGAAUGUUGAUCGUGAAGCUAUCGUAUCUCAUUGAAAAAUAAUACGCAUGUACUAGAGUGUUACUAUCAAAGGGAUGAUAUAUAUAUACUUAGAGGCUGUGUUAUUACAAUUUACUACUUUUUAUUUCAUUUUGAAUUAUUGGUCAUUAUAUAUUUCAUAAUGUGAUGAUUGCUUUUCCAUUUUGUACCAUAC